AUGGACCUCUCACGGCAGGAGUAUCCAGCCUUGCUGGCCUCUUUGCAGCCCGGCCAAGCUACAAGCGUGUUGAACGAUCGCAUUCGCGUCAUCAACCGAGUCAAUACGGAUAUCGCGGAUUGGCUUCAGGAGCGUCGUCGGGUCGAAGAGGCGUAUGCCCAAGGCUUACGGAAGCUUGCGACGAGACCACAGCUGGACAAUGGCGCCGCACUAGGGAUCUUCCAGAUACCAUGGCAACGGAUCAUCAAUGCCGCCGAAAUCGUGGCUUCUUCGCACGAGGUCUUUGCGCAGAAGAUCGAAGAUGACGUGGAACGUCCUCUGAAGGAAUUCAACACGAAGAACCGGGAACUGGCUUCGAUGCCGGGCAUCCAGAGUGAUAUUGCAGGGCUUGCGAAGAACCUGGAAACUUCCCAGAAGAAGGUGGACAAAGCAAGGGAAAAGGGCCCGAAAGGCGCGGAUAAACUGGCAGGCGCUAUUGCUGCGGCCGAAGAGGUGCGCCAGCAGUGGGAUUCGAGGGCACCUUUCGUGUUCGAGCAGCUUCAAGCGGCCGACGAAAGCCGACUGAAUCAUCUACGAGACGUUCUAACUCAGCUCGAGACCCACGAAACCGACCAGGUUGAGCGUUGUCGUCAGGCGGCCGAAAGCUGUUUGAAUGUGCUUUUGAACGUCGAAACCGCAGAUGAGAUCAAGACUUUCGCUGCAAAGAUGAAUGGUGGGCGCCCGGUUGUUCCGCGAGAGCAGGCUGUCUCGCCUCCUCCGACCGCUUCGGCCGCUCCUCUGCCGCCUCCGCCGCGCAUUCCGGACGAUGCGGCCAGUCAACGCUCCGAGUCGGUUGCUGCCCCUGCACCGGCCAGGGCUCCUACUGCCCCCGAGCCUCGCCAUAACACGCCCCUUGGCGGCCUCAAGCGUCUAGGAACCGUCAUGAACCGACGAAAGAGCAUGGUGCAACCGUCCGGAGGCCCUUUCUUUUCGGAGAAAAAGCACCGGAGCCCCUUCGCUUCUUUCAUGAGAAGUGAUUCUGCUCGUGACACGCAGAUUCCCGAGUCACCGCCAUCGACCGCAGAUCGCCCGGGCACUGCCUUGACUACGCAGGAAAGCCCGCAGGAAACGCGUGAAACGGUCCGCAACGCCAGCGAGCCCAGUGAUCGUGACGGUGCCGGCGCAGGCCCCUCCAGCCCUGAGCCUCAGUCGGCGCCUGGAACCGCAAACGGGACUACAUCUCCGGACAUUACUGCAGACACAGGGCUGGCGACUGCGACCUCUAACGAGCAACCGCGAGUAGACUCGGAAGGAUUCACUGAGCGACCGCAGACCAUUGAUGAGAUCACCAGAGCUCAGAGAGAAGCGAUGGGUAUGGAGGAAUCGGGAAUGAACCUCACUAUUCGAGACCAGCCGAUAUUCGAAGAUGAGGACCAAGCGAAGCAAGCCAUGGAUGAUAUGGCUAGCCAGUUAAGAAUGCGCGCCCAACAAAGCGGCGGCAUCAGGCGAAAUGUCGGCACUUUGCGCGGUCGGCGCGAUGUGCGAAACACCGUCUUCAUCCCCAAUCCUCCCCCGAGCAACGAACUCCCAAUUGCUCCAUCGGCGGCAGACGGACCGACUCCAACAUCGCCCUCAUUGCCAUCGAGACACGCCCUUUCCCCCAGUAAUGCUACUGAUGAACAUACUCUCUCCGAUACAACCUCUGUUCGCUCGGGGCAUACGUUGCACAGCACUCCUGGCCCGGUGGCACACCCGGAACUACACGAGCCUGGCCUGAACGCCUCCAUCAUCGAAACUGUGAACGCGUGGUUCUCUGACGGUGCGGUUACCAAGUCUUUCGUUGUUGGAGAGCUUGCAUUGGCAUACAAUCCGGCCCCGGAUGUUUCGUCGGACCAUAGCCGGGUUCGCCUGGACAACUUCCAAGUGCUGGAAAAAGUGGCCGCGAACCCCCAUUUUGUGAGCGAAGACAAGGACAAAGAUCAGUCCGAGGAGAAGCGCGGCCAGUACACCAUCUCUCUCUCCAGCAUCGCUCGGUCCGCCCCGUCGGUGGCCUUCAAAUACCAGCUCCACAUUGAUCCCUCGGACACUUCCGCCUACUGCCCGGUCGUCUUCAAACCGGCCUGGAACAUGGAAGAACACCAAGCCAGCGUGAUUGUGUUCUACUCGAUCAACCCGUCUUUCGCGGCAUCGAUGCAGACCGAAUCCGUGGUGCUCAAAAACUUGGUUCUAACGGUGAAUCUCGAUACCACCCCGGAGGAAGGUCGCGAAGUCGUCCAUGCAACCAAUGCUGUCAUGUACCCCAACACGGGAGCAUCCUUCCGUCGCAAGCAUUCCGCGGUAACCUGGAAGAUGACUGAACUCGAAGUUAAACCCAACUCCGAUGGCAAGUUCCUGGUUCGGUUCUCAACGGCGAACAGUUGGCCGCGCAAGGGCAAGAUCGAGGCCAAGUUUGAGAUCCACUCGACCCAUGCCGGGUCGCGUUUGGGAAUUAGCGCUGCCUCUCAGAUGCCGGAGGUCGCGCCGGAUCCCUUUGCAGACGAGGAUUCUAGCGCACCGGCUGCCGAUACUGAGUCCUUGUGGAAUGAGGUGCCAACGGUCCGCAAGCUGGUCGGAGGCAAGUAUGUGUCGUCUUAG